AUGGUCAUGACAGGCAGAGCCCGCAAGGAGGCGGUGCAGGCCGCGGCCAAAGAGCUCCUCAAGUUCGUGAACCGGAGCCCCUCUCCCUUCCACGCUGUGGCUGAGUGCCGCAGCCGUCUCCUCCAGGCUGGCUUCCAUGAACUCAAGGAGACCGAUAGCUGGGAUAUCAAACCCGAGAGCAAGUACUUUCUGACAAGGAACUCCUCCACCAUCAUCGCUUUUGCUGUGGGGGGCCAGUAUGUUCCGGGCAAUGGCUUCAGCCUCAUUGGUGCUCACACGGACAGCCCCUGCCUCCGGGUGAAACGCAAGUCUCGCCGCAGCCAGGUGGGCUUCCUCCAGGUGGGCGUGGAGACCUAUGGUGGUGGGAUCUGGGGCACCUGGUUUGACCGUGACCUGACCUUGGCUGGACGCGUCAUUGUCAAGUGCCCCACGUCAGGCCGGCUGGAACAGCGGCUGGUGCAUGUGGAGAGACCCGUUCUGCGUAUCCCACACUUGGCCAUCCAUCUGCAGCGGAACAUCAAUGAGAACUUUGGACCCAAUACGGAGAUGCAUCUAGUCCCUAUUCUGGCCACAGCCGUCCAGGAAGAGCUGGAAAAGGGAACACCUGAGCCAGGGCCUCUCAGUACUAUGGAUGACCGGCACCAUUCAGUCCUCAUGUCCCUGCUCUGCGCCCACCUGGGGCUGAGCCCCGAGGACAUCUUGGAGAUGGAGCUGUGCCUUGCAGACACCCAGCCUGCGGUCCUGGGUGGGGCCUAUGAGGAGUUCAUCUUUGCUCCCCGGCUGGACAACCUGCACAGCUGCUUCUGUGCCCUGCAGGCCUUGAUCGAUUCCUGCUCAGCCCCUGCCUCCCUGGCUACAGAGCCCCACGUUCGCAUGAUUGCGCUCUACGACAAUGAAGAGGUGGGGUCUGAGAGCGCCCAGGGAGCACAGUCACUGCUGACGGAGCUGGUGCUGCGACGCAUCUCAGCCUCGCCCCAGCACCUGACAGCGUUUGAGGAAGCCAUACCCAAGUCCUUCAUGAUCAGCGCCGACAUGGCCCAUGCGGUGCACCCCAACUACCUAGACAAGCAUGAGGAGAACCACCGGCCCUUAUUCCACAAGGGGCCCGUGAUCAAGGUGAACAGCAAGCAGCGCUAUGCCUCAAAUGCGGUUUCUGAGGCCCUGAUCCGAGAGGUGGCCAACAAUGUUGGGGUGCCCCUGCAGGAUCUCAUGGUGCGCAAUGACUCCCCCUGUGGUACCACCAUCGGACCCAUCCUGGCCUCUCGGUUGGGGCUGCGGGUACUGGAUUUGGGCAGCCCCCAGCUGGCCAUGCACUCCAUCAGGGAGACGGCCUGUACCACGGGAGUACUCCAGACCCUCACCCUCUUUAAGGGCUUCUUUGAGCUGUUUCCUUCUCUGAGCCGUGGCCUCACAGUGGAUUGAAGCCUCUUGAGAAGACUUCCCUUCCCAGUCCUUUGCCCUCAGAGGGGAAGUUCUUGGCUGAGCUGAAGCUGGAAGAAUUAAAGUGGAUUUUUCGCUCAAACUCACUCUGCUGGGCUUGUCUGGAGACUGAAAGGGUCAGGGUUGAGCCUGGCUUGAACCUCUGGAACCAAAACAGGGCACGUUGGGGUGCAGGUAGAGAGGCCAUGGGUGCUGGGAGCUGGUGG